GAUGGCAUGCAGGAGCUAGUGGAGUCCUGAGUCCCGGGGUGUGUGGCACUGGGACUGGGACUCUGUCCUCCUACUUUGAUCUUUCCAAAUCAGCCAGGUAGGAGGCAAAGGGAGAUGCAGCUUGGGAAAUGAGCGUCGCUAAGGAGGAGAGCCAGUGUCAGACGGCAGCUCGGAUUGUCACCGACCUUUGCCGUAAGAAGAGCCUGCCCCAGUUGGAUUUGGACACCUGCAAGGAGUUCCUCCUCUUUCAAGACCUGAGCAGCCCUGAGCCAGAGCUCUCCAUCAGCCUCCUUGCAGUGAUAGUUAUUGUAUGUGGACUGGCCCUGGUGGCAGUUUUUCUCUUUCUCUUUUGGAAGCUGUGCUGGGUGCCCUGGAGGAACAAGGCCAUUUCGACUAACACCCCCGCCUCCCAGAACUCAGCGGAACACGACAAAGAGAACAUGGCUGACAAGCUAAAGGACACAGGGACUCUGGGCUUCUUGGAGGCAGCUGUGAAAAUCAGUCACACGUCACCGGAUAUUCCUGCAGAAGUCCAGAUGUCCAUGAAGGAUCACCUUAUGAGACGCACACGGAUGCAGAGGCAGACAACAGAGCCUGCAUCGUCCACCAGGCACAUUUCCUUCAAGAGGCACUUGCCCAGGCAGAUGCAUGUUUCCAGUAUGGACUAUGGUACAGAACUACCACUUGCGGCAGAGCAGCCAACUUGCAUCGGCCGGAUCAAGCCAGAGCUGUACAAGCAGAAAUCCGUGGACUCUGAGGACCCUAAAAAAGAGGCAGAAAAAAACUGCGGGAAAAUAAAUUUUGCUUUGAAAUAUGACUAUGAGAAUGAGACCCUGAUUGUGCGGAUUCUCAAGGCCUUUGACUUGCCUGCCAAGGACCUCUGUGGCAGUUCCGACCCCUACGUCAAGAUCUACCUCUUGCCUGACAGGAAGUGCAAGUUCCAAACCCGCGUGCACAGGAAAACGCUCAAUCCCACCUUUGACGAGUGCUUUCAGUUUCCUGUGCCGUAUGAGGAGCUGACCAAUAGGAAGCUUCAUCUUAGCGUCUUUGACUUUGACAGGUUUUCUCGGCAUGACAUGAUCGGUGAGGUGAUCUUGGAGAACCUCUUUGAGGCUUCGGAUCUUUCUCGGGAGACCUCCAUCUGGAAGGAUAUUCAGUAUGCCACAACAGAAAGUGUGGACCUGGGGGAGAUCAUGUUUUCCCUUUGUUAUCUGCCAACUGCGGGUCGCCUCACUUUAACAGUCAUUAAAUGCAGGAAUCUCAAAGCGAUGGACAUAACUGGUUACUCAGAUCCUUACGUCAAGGUGUCCUUGCUCUGUGAUGGAAGGAGGCUAAAGAAGAAGAAAACCACCAUUAAAAGAAACACACUUAAUCCUAACUACAAUGAGGCAAUAAUCUUUGAUAUCCCUCCAGAGAACAUGGACCAAGUCAGCCUGCUUAUCUCCGUUAUGGAUUACGACCGAGUCGGCCAUAAUGAGAUUAUUGGGGUUUGCCGUGUAGCAAACAAUGCUGAGGGACUAGGCCGAGACCACUGGAACGAAAUGCUGGCUUACCCACGGAAACCAAUUGCACACUGGCACCCACUAGUAGAGGUGAAGAAAUCCUUCAAGGAGCAAAAUCCAGCACCUGGAUUGAGCGUUCCCAAGGCAGUGAUCCCUGUAGCAGAGUCAUCCCACUCCUUUCCUCCUGUGAUGCUGUCUCACUCCAAAUAUUCCAAGUGGCAUGGCCGAGCAGCCAGCUUGGACAGCCAGGGCUCCUGUCCCUCUCCCAAACCGCCUCCAACACCAUGAUGCAUCGAUUGGUGAAUUCAAUGGGACUCAACCAAGUUCUUUUUCGAUUCAUUUCCGUUUGAUUCUUUGCCACUUGUCUGGAAUUCCACAGCAAUUCUAUGGCUGAAUGGAAGAAGAAGUGGACAUUAGACAGUGAGGGCACUUGUUCCCACAAUGACAAAGGCAGCAAAACUGUUCUGUGGUCAUAUUUGUCUUAGUUAUUUAUGUCUCUCAAGGUGAUGUUCUGUGUGGUUUUCACUUUUUGGACAUGGCUGCCUGGGAUGGGGGGAAAGUUGGAGGAGUGUGACAUAGGCCGGAACAGUGGCCUGUAAAAUAACCUGUAAAAUAGCUAUUUGUGCGUGUCUGGAGGUGGACAAAUAGUAGAGAAGCACUGACAUUCUGCAGAUAACCAUGCAGAUUUAAAAAAAGAAAUUGGAGGGGGAUGAGACUGACAAGUGGAAAGGCCUUGAUUAGACUCCUCGUGACAUGUGAACAACCCUUGUUAUUGUGAUCAGCGAUACAUUACAAAAAAAUUCUUACUCAUACUGUGAUGUUCAUGGAAUCUGUGCUGUGUGUAACCCAGCCUGCCCUUUGAUGUGUUUUACAGAGUUACGAAUUCCUCAGGGAAAAAAUAACACUUUUUCUGUAUUUAUGUUCUCUGGAGAACCUUUUGCAUGAGCUCAGUUGCUUAAGGUGCAGCUCAUUCUUGCUGCAGUUUAGAGUUGGUCCCAGCUUUGCAAUUUUUAACAAAAUCUCUAUCU